ACCAAUUCAAUUCAUACAUGUAGUAUAAUUUGAGCUUAACUAGUCCAUUAUAACAUGCAAUGCAAUCCAACUCAUAUGCUUUUCAAAUUUUAAUUUCAACUUUAACUAACUUUACACAUAAUUUAUCUACUUAUUUAUGUUGUUAAACUUUACUUAACUACCUUUAGUUAAUAACUCAUUAUAACAACUCAUAAAAGCACAAUUUGAUUCCUUCAAUUCAAACACCACACACACAACACAUUCACCACCUUUCACUCAAAAGUGCAACCAGACCUGCAUUCAUUCUCCUUCUUCUUAAACUUGAUUAUUUCUUUAAGUUCAUUAAAUAAGUGAUUAUUUUUUCUUUUGGUUCAUGUGAGUUUCAAGAGAAUGAAGAGGCUGAAGUAGUUGUUUGAAAAUGGGAGUUGUAACUCUUGGUGAAUUGAAGCCUAGUGUUUCUGGAAAAAGAAGUUUUCGUCCAAGUUCAAGCAUAAGACAUGCUACUGAAUGGCCAAUUUCUGAUGUUUCUAGUGAUCUUACUAUUCAAGUAGGAGCAUCAACUUUUUCACUUCAUAAGUUUCCUCUUGUUUCUAGGAGUGGAAGAUUUAGGAAACUACUAUUAGAUGCAAAAGAUUCGAAAGUUUCGCGCGUAAGUUUUCCGGCUGUGCCAGGUGGUGUAGAGGCAUUUGAGCUAGCUGCAAAAUUCUGUUAUGGAAUCAAUGUUGAUUUCAAUCUCUCAAAUAUUGCUAUGCUACAUUGCACAUCUCAUUUUCUUGAAAUGACAGAAGAAUUCUCAGAAAAGAAUUUGGUGACGAGAGCCGAAUCGUAUCUCAAGGAAGUAGUACUCCCGAACACGUCAAGCAUUAUAAAUGUUCUUCACCAUUGUGAGAAUCUUGUUCCUUUAUCAGAAGAAAUAAAUCUUGUUAAUAGGUUAAUCAACGCGAUUGCGAAUAAUGCGUGCAAAGAGCAACUUACGUCGGGUUUGUUAAAACUUGAUCAUAAUUUUCCUUCUAAAGCAACAUCGGUAAUGGAACCGGAAACACCACUAGAUUGGUGGGGGAACUCGAUGAAUGUUCUUAGUCUUGAGUUCUUCGAACGAGUUGUAUCCGUUAUGAAGUCGAAGGGACUAAAACAAGACUUGAUCAGCAAGAUUUUGGUAAACUAUGCACAUAAUUCUCUUCAAGGGACUAGUAGUGUUACUUCCCUCGACGUAGAAUCGCAGAAGAAACAAAAGGUUAUUGUCGAAACUAUAGUUCGUUUACUACCAACUCAAUCAAGGAAAAGUUCAGUUCCAAUCGCGUUUCUAUCGUGUUUAUUGAAAACCGCAAUAGCGACAAUGGUGCCAACUUCUUGUAGAAGUGAUUUGGAGAGGCGAAUCGGUCUACAACUCGAUCAGGCGAUUCUUGAAGACAUUCUUAUUCCAACGAACUCGCCUUUGAGUACUCACAACACAAUGUAUGAUAUAGAUUCGAUUUUGAGGAUCUUUUCUACUUUCCUAAACUUGGAUGAAGUGGAUGAUGAAGAUAGUGAUUUCAGAGAUGAAAAUCAAAUGAUGUACGAGUAUGAAUUCGACAGUCCUGGAUCUCCGAAACAAAGUUCGAUUCUAAAAGUAUCCAAAUUAAUGGAUAAUUUUCUUACUGAAGUAGCACUAGACUCAAACCUUUUGCCAUCGAAAUUCAUAGCGCUCGCAGAACUACUCCCGGAUCAUGCUCGCGUUACAAGCGAUGGACUCUAUCGAGCUGUUGAUAUCUUCCUUAAGGUACAUUCGAACAUUAAGGACUCGGAGCGAUACCGUCUAAGCAAAACAAUCGAUUGUCAGAAACUAUCUCAAGAAGCAUGCAGCCAUGCAGCACAAAACGAAAGGCUACCAGUACAAAUAGGCGUACAAGUUCUUUACUACGAGCAAAUAAGGCUUCGAAACGCGAUGAACGGAGGACACAAUCAAACCAUGUUCGGUGGAAAUCAUGGCCAGUUUCCUCAAAGAUCAGGGAGUGGAAUAGGCAGUGGAGCAAUUUCACCGAGAGAUAACUACGCAUCGGUAAGACGAGAGAAUAGAGAGUUGAAGCUUGAAGUAACAAGAAUGAGAAUGAGGUUGAAUGAUUUGGAGAAAGAUCAUGUGUCUAUGAAACAAGAGCUUGUGAAAACAGGUCCUGCACAGAAGUUUUUCAAAUCAUUUGCUAAAAAACUGAGCAAAUUUAAUGCUUUGUUUCGUAUAAAUAGUAUUCGUGGAAGUGGAACCGGAAGGUCUAGUUCACAAACUCGGUCGCGGUUUCCAUUUCAAAGGCGAAAAUGUCACUCAGUUUCAUGACUAAAUGUUAUUAAGAUGUGUAAUCUCUGUCACAAUGUAUAAUAUGCAUAAACAUAUGAUGGAUGAUGUGAAUGUAAUUCAACUUGACCAAAUUUUGAGUUUAUUAUAAAUGCUCAUAGGUGA